AUGAGAAUGCAGGUGAGGGUCAGUGGUCGUCAUCAUCAUAAUCAUGCUUGUAUGCCACCAAUAUUACCAAUACCAUCAACAGCUUCGAUUUUGUAUUCUUCAUCUCUCUCUCCCUUUGUUCAAAGCAGCAGCAACAAGAUUAAUAUACAGAGAUUAUAUCCUGGUUUAAGUUGUAUUCUUAGCAAAAUCACAAAAACUAAACAUGGGAUUGUGGCAUCAAGCAAUGUGUCUGCUCCUCUUUGGGAUUCUUGGAAACCUGACAACACCCCUGCUUCUACACCUUCUUUAAGUGAUAUCUUUUGGCCCUCUGCAGGGGCAUUUGCAGCAAUGGCAAUAUUUGGAAAGAUGGACCAAAUGCUGGCGCCAAAAGGGAUUUCAAUGACAAUUGCACCGUUAGGAGCCGUUUCUGCUGUUCUCUUUCUCACUCCUUCAUCCCCUGGUGCACGGAAGUACAAUAUGUUCAUGGCUCAGAUCGGUUGUGCAGCCAUUGGUGUUAUUGCUUUCUCACUAUUUGGGCCCAAUUGGCUAUCUAGAAGUGCUGCCCUUGCUGCGUCCAUUGCUUUCAUGAUCUAUACGCGUUCCGCGCAUCCACCAGCUCGAAGUUUGAACUUCGAAGGUGUUAUCUUUACUGUUCUCAGAGGCAUUUACAGCCGUGAUAUUUCUGACUUACGCAAGUAUUCAUCAUAA